GGCAGGAAGCUGUCCGUCCUGAGACUGUGCGGAGCUUCCAGACGAGUUUUCAUCCUCUCACCAGGGAAGCCUGCGGUGCCGAAUAAUAAUUAGAAUCGUUUUUAUGGUAUAACGAGGUUUUGAGACACUGAGACGGUAACAGUUCUAAUUUAGCACAAUAAAUAAAACCGGGCGUCAGCUAUCGCCGCCAAACGAGCAAAAACAUGAAGGAGGAAAAGAAAUACACGUUGGGGUCAUCUCCUCCACCGGGACAUAGCUGAAGAGGACUCACUUGUUUUCUGCUGGAUAGGUACUUUAUUCCCAGUAGAGUCAGCAGCCACACGGUCAUGGAUACGGCCAGCAGAAGAGGGCUUUUACACAAAAAUAUAGACCUGCUACCUGGACUAGAAUUUAAUUUUUAAAAGUUAACCUGUCAAAGGACCCAGAGCUGCUCUAAGCUUGCACCUGAAAAUCACAAGUGGAGUUGCAAUGUCUCGAUUAAAGAUCCUCCAACCGGACGACCCCAGAGGUCUCAGGUUGUGUCCCCUUGUAUCUGCAUCAGCUACAUCAGGUUUGGCAGAAGCACAGGCAGAUGUCCAGCAGAUGUUGCCAGUUAAAGAAGAGGUUCCCUCGAUCCCCAGUCUGGACCAGCAGGACAUAGGCCACAUCCACAUAAAGGAGGAGCAGGAGGAACUAUGGACUGGUCAGGAAGGAGAGCAGCUUAAUGGUCUGGGUGCUGUUACUUUGAAGACUGAAGAUGAGGAAGAGAAACCUCAAGUCUUAGAGCUUCAUCAAGAACCAGCUGAAGAUAACAAAGAGACACCGACUCCAGCCAGCUGCUCACACAAGCAGAUAAAAGGAGAACCUGGUGGAGAGCUCUGUGGAGGACCAGAACCUACCAAUACUUCAUAUCUAAACAGUCUUUUACAACCAAAUACUGAUGGAAAAGCUUCAGACUAUUUCGAGAAUGAAGUCACUGUUGAUGAGGAUGAUGAUGAUUGGCAAGAGCCUUUGUCUGGACCUGAAAGUGAAAGUAGUGAUUGGAAGGAGAGCAUGAAACAUGACUCAGGUGUAAAGAGUGAUAAUCUGGGACAUAUCUCUGCCAAACAACCGCUCAGCUGCUCUGAGUGUGGUAAACGCUUUCAGUACAAAGGGUGUCUUCAGAGACAUUAUUCAACACAUCAUUCAGGAAAAAAAACUUCCAGCUGUUUGGUUAAUAGAGUGAAGGAAAGUGUUGAAUCGCAGACAAAAGUCCACGGUGGAGAGAAACCAUUUGGCUGCAGUGUUUGUGGACAAAGAUUCAAUCAAAAUGCAAAUCUUAAGACUCACAUGAGAGUCCACACAGGGGAAAAACCGUUUACUUGUAGCAUUUGUGAAACUAGAUUUAGACAGCAGUAUAGUCUGGAUAGGCACAUGAGAAUCCACACAGGCGAAAAACCUUUUAGUUGUGGUGUGUGUAGUAAAAGAUUUUUACAACUGGGGGAUCUGAAGAGACACAGAAGUGUCCAUACGGGAGAGAAGCCUUUCGAUUGUAAUGUUUGUGGUAAAAGAUUUACUCAGAGGAUUCAUUUCAAGACACAUCUGAGUGUUCACACGGGUGAGAAGCCAUUUGGUUGCGACAUUUGUGGUAAAAGAUUUAAUCGAGUGGGCAAUCUGAAGACACACAAAAGAAUCCACACAGGAGAGAAACCAUUCAGCUGUGAAUUUUGUAGUAAAAGGUUUUCACAACAAGGUGUUCUGAAGAGACACAGGAGCAUCCACACAGGGCUGAGCCCGUAUGCUUGUGAUCUUUGUGGUAAACGGUUUAAUUAUAACAAAAAUCUUAACAGGCACAUGAUAAUUCACACAGGAGACAAACCAUUUGGCUGUGACAUUUGUAAUAAAAGAUUUUUACAAUUAGGGGAUUUAAAGAGGCACAUGAGAGCACACACAGGAGAAUAAUUACUUUCAUGUUGUGGGGUUAGUGGGAAAGGAUUUAUCCUAAGAGGGAAAUGCAAAAGUUGAUUCUAUUCAUCUGGAUGUAGCGUUUUCAGUGGGAGCAACAUUUCGUCACUCA